AUGGAUGAAGUUAAUAUUAUCGAAUCACUUUUAUCCGGUGAACAUGAAAUAGAAUAUAUUGAACAAUUAAAAAAUUAUCUUCUUAUUAAAGUUGGGAGUAUGUCUUCAUUCAGAGCUGCAAUAAGAGAAGCAAUCAAUUGUUGCUUCAACUACAAUGUUCUAAGUAAUUUUAGCUAUAAAGGGAAGACCAAAAACAAAUUUACUGAUUUGAAAUUGUUUAUGGUUGUUUAUGAAGCCUUGUCUGGGUUCAGAAAAACUCCAUUUGAUGAAAAACAAUUUCACACUGUAGCCGACAACUAUACAAGACACGCUCCAAAAACAAUAUGUAUCGAUAAAGUUGAUGGCUAA